GGAGACCAUGGCGCUUCUUCUUCUUCCUAUGAUUCCGUGCCCGUGCAGCAAGACCAAAGGGAUUCAUCAACAGAAAGAUGAGUUCCUGCUUCACCAUCUCCCUCUCUCUCCUCUUCUUCUUCAUAAAUUUUCUUGGUACUGAAUCAGCACCCACGUUUCUGCGGCAUUACUGCCCCAGCACCACUCUCUUCACUCCCAACUCCACCUACCAAUCCAACCUCAACGCCCUCCUCUCUUCCCUCUCCUCCGCCGCCGCCACCGACAACGCUGAUGGCUUCGCCAACGCCAUUGCCGGCCAAAACCCUCCCGACCAGGUCUACGGGAUCUUCCUCUGCCGUGGCGACGUCGACGCAGCCACGUGCAGCGACUGUGUGGCCACUGGAAAACAGGAUAUCCUCCAGAGAUGCCCCGACCGGCGAGUCUCUGUGAUCUGGUAUGACGAGUGUAUGUUGAGGUACUCUGAUGAGUCCGUCUACUCGGUCAUGGAACAAGUGCCUUCUCUCACGAUGUACCACACCGGGAACAUCACCUAUCCAACCCGGUUCAUGCAAGUCCUAGGAGAGACCAUGGAAACCAUCACCGUGAGGGCAUCGGUCCAAAAGUCGGGGAAGAAAGUCGCGGUUGCAGAGGCAAACUUCACGACCUUGCAGAAGCUGUACACGCUCGCACAAUGCACGCCGGACUUGACGGUGUCGGAGUGCAACACGUGCCUCCAGGCAGCAAUCGCAGGCCUCCCUCAGGGGAAGCAAGGUGGGAGGUUGUUCACUCCGAGCUGCAGCAUGAGGUUCGAGCUGUACCCAUUUUAUAAUGCCUCGGCCAUGGCGGCCCUGGUGCCUCCGCCGAACUACCUUCCAUCUCCUCCUGCUCCCGUGACCAGACGUAAAGCAAUUCAAAGCGGCACAAUUUACAGCAUAACUGCAUCAAGUCCACUGGUUCAGAGCCAAACCCUUGUCUCUAGUAGUCAAAUCUUUGAGCUCGGGUUCUUCACGCCUAAUGGAUCAGCAAAUCAGUACGUAGGAAUAUGGUACAAGAGCAUGGCGCCCUCCAAAGUUGUCUGGGUAGCCAACAGGGACAAGCCAAUUGGACACACAGAUCAAUCUGUGAGUUUAAUAAUUGGCGAAGAUGGAAAUCUGAAGCUUCUUGAUGGGCAACAAAACACUGUGUGGUCUACUAAUGUCACAGCAAAGUCGAAUUAUUCUGCAGCAGUGCUUUCAGACUUUGGAAACCUUGUUCUUCAAGACAGGAAUGCGAUUAUAAUGUGGGAAAGCUUUGAUGAGCCAACCGACACUCUCCUGCCAUACAUGAAGAUUGGAGUAAACGCGAAAACAGGAAAGAAACGAAACUUGAUUUCCUGGAAAGGCGAAGAUGAUCCCUCGUUUGGAAGCUUUGUUGUAGGAUUGACACCGGAGACACCGCCUCAGCUUUUCACUUGGAAUGGAUCAAGUCCUUACUGGAGAAGCGGACAGUGGGAUAAAACUAAGUUCAUCGGAAUACCGACCAUGGGCAAGCGUGGCUCUGAUCUCCGGCAAGAUAAUGACAAGGGAACAUCAUAUUAUUCCCUCGAUAAUUACAACAACUCCAUCUUUGCAUAUAAUUUCAUCUCAUUUGAUGGAUCUUUAAAGGCGGUUUAUUGGGCCAAUGGCUGGUCACCAUAUUGGGAGGCACCGGCACCAACUAACCCUUGUGAAAUUUAUGGAAUAUGUGGCCCCUUUGGAGUUUGCAACCCGUUUCGUUCACCUAUUUGCAGAUGUUUAAAAGGUUUUAUACCAACAUCAGAUGAAGAAUGGAACAGAGGAAACUGGACCAGAGGUUGUCUUAGGGAAAUGGAAUUGAAUUGUCAAAAAUCCGCAAGCAGAGUUACUUCAAUGACUGUCGAAAAAGAUAUGUUCAGCAAAAUGGAACAAAUGAAAUUGCCUGAUUCUGCUGAUGUUUUAUUGAUAGAUGAUGCAGAAGGAUGUCAAAGUUGGUGCCUAGAAAACUGCUCGUGCUUGGCCUUUUCUUAUGUGAAUACUAUAGGAUGUAUGGCUUGGAGUAAAGCCCUCCUAGAUACUCAGCAAUUCUCUAUAGGUGGCGAAGACCUAUUUAUUCGAUUUGCUGGUGUAGGUGCGGGUGCGGGUGCGGGUGCGGGUGCGGGUGCGGAUACAGGUCUACCUAGGCAGACAAAACUUAUCAUCAGCCUAAGUAUUAUUUCUGGCAUCAUCUUAUUUGGAGCUGGUAUUUUAGUCUGUGUUCUUUCGAAGUGGAGAGGGAAGUUUAGGAAAAUGACAAUCCCAAGGCUCUUUAGGUCAGUGGCAGCAGACAUCAGAUCAAAAGAACUGCUAAGGGAAACUGCAUGGAAAGAGCAAAUGAAGGAAGAUGAUGCAUCGAAAUUGGUGGUUUAUGAUUUUGAUAGCAUACGCCUCGCGACAGACAACUUCGACACGAAAAACAAACUCGGGCAGGGAGGGUUUGGCCUAGUUUAUAAGGGAAAAUUGAACGAUGGUAAAGAGAUAGCAGCAAAGAGACUUUUGAGCAGCUCAGGCCAAGGCAUAGCGGAGUUCAAGAAUGAGAUCCUUCUAAUAUCCAAACUUCAACACCGAAAUCUGGUGAGACUCCUCGGUUGCUGUACUGAAGGAGAAGAAAAGAUUCUUGUGUAUGAGUACUUGCCGAACAAGAGCUUGGACGCCUUCCUUUUUGAUUCAAAAGAGAAGGGAAAGCUUAGCUGGAGCGUACGCUUCCGCAUUAUCCAGGGGGUCGCAAGAGGGCUGCUCUACCUCCACUGCGAUUCUUGCCUCAAGGUCAUACAUCGAGAUUUGAAAGUGAGCAACAUUCUCUUGGAUGAAAAGAUGAAUCCCAAGAUUUCUGAUUUUGGGCUGGCACGUUUGUUUGAAGACACUCAAGUUUUGGUAAAUACUCACAAAGUUGUGGGGACACUCGGUUACAUGUCUCCCGAGUAUGCCAUGGGUGGGACAUUUUCUGAGAAAUCUGAUGUUUAUAGCUUUGGAGUACUACUAUUGGAGAUUAUUAGCAGCAAGAAGAGCACAAGUUUAGAUUACCCCGGGCAACAUCUCAAUCUCGUCGCUUACUUGUUACAGGCUUGGCACUUGUGGUGUGAAGGCAGAGGAUUGGACCUGAUGGAUGAAGCCAUUGCUGACGCAUUUUCGAAGUCAGAAGUGAUGAGAUGCAUUCAGGUAGGGCUUCUUUGUACGCAGGACCGCGCCACAGAUAGACCGGACAUGUUGGCCGUGGUUCUGAUGCUGAAUGGGGAGUCCAAUCUUCCACAGCCGAAGCAACCGGCAUUUACAUUUCAAAGCUCGCCCACUCAAGAAGUCCAAUCACAAGAAAGAAGCAUCCAGUCCAAGAAUACCAUCACCAUUACUACGGUCGAAGGAAGAUAAAAUUCUCAAAUGCAUUUUCACUAUCAAUUCAUCUUUCCAGGGAUUGAGUGUUCUUCAAAUUAAAUGGCUCGAAUAUGCAAUCUUUUGUUGCACUUUUAUGUGGAUAUAUGAUGUAAACAUAGAGACUAAGGGAAUCUGAGUUGCUAGCUCUAUGGUAGGAUAGUUUUAGGUGUGCACGGUUGCGUAAAAGUUUUAUUUUUUGGUCAGCGGGUCGCACAAAAGUUUGGAACGUCUGUAUGCAGGGGGAUCUCUACCCUUUCUGCAUAUGAAAGUGUUUUCCCUCUCAA